AUGAAGCUUGACUGUUUGAACGACAGUCCAAAGGACUACGUUUCCAGCCUUCUGGUAAUACCAGAAAACCCACAUGUUGUAGCUGCGGCGUGGGAUGGGACAGUUUCACUGUAUGAUUAUGAAAAGAAUAGGCUCUUGGCUCGAAUGCAGCACGAUUGUGGAAUUUUAAGCAGUACGCUGACGUUGGGAGGGAAAAUCUGCGUCGGUUCGGUCCAGGGUGAGAUUCUUGAGGUGGAUGUGGAGUCUGGAAAGUUCGAUUUUAUCUCUGAUGAAGCAGCUCUUGGGGUGAGCGCUAUGAGCAGUAGCAACGGCAAUAUCGUUUCAGGGUCCUGGGAUGGUAGUCUUCGAGUGAUAGAUCCGAGAACGGGGCAUGUUUGGCAAAACAGUAAGCUCGAAAACCGGAAAGUGCUUGCUCUAGACUCCAACGAUGACGUCGUGGUGGUUGCGUGCACGGGAGGGAAAGUAGCCUUGUAUGACUUUAGAAACAUGGAAAAACCUGUGAUCCAAGAUUCGGGCCUCAAAUUCCAGACUCGCGACAUCAAGCUGAUGCCUCUGGGCAAUGGCUAUGCGCAAAGCUCGGUGGAUGGCAGGGUCGCAGUGGAAUAUUUCGACAACGAAUCUCAAAGACUCGCGUUUCGCUGUCACCGCAUGAACUUGUCCGACACGCAGUUUGUUUUCCCAGUGAACUCGCUGGCUUUUAGCUCGAAGACUAGCCGUCUGUACACCGGAGGUUCGGACGGAAACGUGUUUGCAUGGAAUCUGGAAACCCGCAAAAAAACCGAGCAACUGAUAAAAAUACAAGAAAGUGUGGUGAAGUUGGCGACACACGACGACAUGUUGUUUGUGGCUGCUACAGACGACUCUUUCAAGACAAUGGCAGCUGUGCAAGACGUGGAGGUUCCAAGUAGUCAAAUUUAUUUUACGAAACUAUGA